UUGAGAUUAUUGCAAAACACUCCUGUCCGUUUCGAUUCAUUCGCUCACGAUCAGUCGUAGUGAAUGGGUGAUCGGUUUGUGCUGUAGCAGCAGAAGAAGUGAGAGUUUUUGCCAAUUGUGGUGAAGGAAAAGUGAUUUUGAAGAAUAAGUGAUUAAAGGCGUUGGAUUGAAUUUUCCAUUCUCAACAUCACCUUGUUCCCCUUGAUCGCGCAAUUUUAGCACCAUGGAGGUGACUUUCACCAUCAAUGGAAAACCCUUUCGAGUGGAGUCUGGCAAACUAUCGCCGAAUACUUCGCUGAAUGCCUUCAUCCGGAGUCAUGCCAAUCUCACUGGGACGAAGUUUAUGUGCCUCGAGGGUGGCUGUGGGGCAUGCAUUGUGGCCCUCAAGGGAAUACAUCCGGUUACAAAGGAUCACGCAACGUGGGCAGUUAAUUCGUGCCUCUUCCCCGUUUUCUCCUGCCACGGCCUCGAUGUGAUCACCGUUGAGGGGUUGGGUGAUCGUAAGAAUGGCUACCACGUGCUGCAAUCACGCCUGGCCAAGAUGCAUGGGACGCAAUGUGGGUACUGCUCUCCGGGAAUGGUGAUGAACAUGUACAGCUUACUGGAGAGCAAUGGUGGGAAGGUGACGAUGGAACAGGUGGAGAAUUCCUUUGGUGGGAAUAUUUGCCGAUGCACAGGCUACCGUCCCAUCUUGGAUGCCUACAAAUCCCUAGCUGUGGAUGCUGAUCCCGCUCUGAAAGCUGCUUGUGGCGAUAUUGAGGAUUUGCCGAAGGUGUGCCCGAAAACUGGGGAAAAUUGCGUGGGCAGGUGUCACAAAUCUGAAGCUCUGCACAUGCCAUUGGCUGAUGGAAAGGAGUGGCACAGAGUAUACACUGUAGGUGAUAUUUUGAAGGUUCUGGAAACUGUUGGAGAUCGUCCGUAUAUGCUUGUUGCGGGAAAUACAGCUCAUGGUGUUUACCGAAGAUCACGAGAGAUUGAAGUCUUCCUGGAUGUUAAUGCCGUGGAAGAGCUGAGGACUCAUGCUAUUGGGGAAACUCUCGAUGUUGGUGCUAAUAUUCCUCUAACUGAAUUUAUGCAGGUUCUAACAGAAGCAUCUGCAAAGAAUGAAUUCAAGUAUGCAGAAGAAAUGGUGAAGCACAUUGAUUUGGUUGCAAAUGUUCCCGUGAGGAAUGUUGGGUCUGUUGCUGGGAAUUUGAGCAUUAAGCACCAGCACAAUGAAUUCCCAUCAGAUAUCUUCCUCCUACUCGUGACUGUUGGGGCUAAAUUCACAAUUCGCGAUACAAAAGGGAGUGAUCUUGUGGUGGCAGCUGAGGAUUUCCUCGGCAUUGACAUGAAGAAGAAAAUUCUCACGAAAAUAUCUCUUCCCGCCCUACCGGCUGAUAAAUUUGAAAUGCGAAGUUUCAAGAUCACACCACGAGCACAGAAUGCCCAUGCGUAUGUCAAUGCUGGAUUUCUCUUUGAGUUCUCCUCAGCCAGAGAUAAGAUUCAAUCUGCUCGAAUUUGCUAUGGUGGGAUUAAUCCGAAAUUCGUGAGAGCCUCUGCUGCUGAGAAGCUUCUCGUGGGCUCUGAUCCCUUUACCAAUGAUACCCUGAAGAAGGUAAUUGAUUCACUGAAGGAUGAGCUGAAGUGUGAUGCAGUGAUGCCGGAUGCAGCUCCGGAAUUCAGACAAAAACUCGCAAUUGGGCUGUUCUACAAAGCUAUCCUGGGAAUGGCACCCGAGGGGAAAGUGAGGAAGGAAUUUAAGAGUGGUGGGAGUGUCAUUGAUCGUCCAUUGUCGAGUGGGAAGCAAACUUUUGAUACCUACAAGGGUAAUUGGCCACUCACGCAACCUGUUGAGAAACUCGAAGCUACAAUUCAGUGCUCAGGGGAGAUUAAGUAUACAAAUGACUUCCCCAAGAUGCCCAAUGAACUGUGGGCUGCCUUUGUUCAUGCCACUGAAGUGCAAUCCGUCAUUAAGGAUGUUGAUCCUCAGGAUGCUCUGAAAAUUCCCGGAGUUGUGGCAUUCUUCGGUCCAAAGGACAUUCCGGGGAAUAAUAAUUUCUCCCCAGUGGGACUAAUGGGUGGCACAGAGGAGAUCUUCUGCAGCGGAAAGGUUCUCUUUAAUGGACAACCAGCAGGAAUGAUCGUUGCAGAGCGAUUUGAUCUUGCCUACGAGGCAGCAAAACUCGUCAAGAUUACCUAUGAGAAAGCACAGGGUUCAAGUACGAUAUCAUCAUUGUAUCGCUUCCUUGUUGGCGACAGCACUCAUGCAGCUGGUGGCCCAAUUUACCCCACAAUCCGGGACGUUCUUGCUGCCAAGGAUUUAUCUCGUGUCCACAUGAGUAAGGUCUUCCAGAAGGCCGAAUCAAGGGGAACGGAUGAAGCAAAGAAGAUUACGGGACACUUUGAGAUUGGCUCCCAAUAUCAUUUCUCAAUGGAAACUCAGACAACUGUUGCGGUGCCCAAUGAAGAUGGUCUGGAUGUGUACAGUUCCACACAGUGGAUUGAUCUCGUACAGAUUGCCAUUGCGGAAAUGCUAAAGAUCCCUGAGAGUGCAAUUAAUAUGGAAGUUCGUCGCCUGGGCGGAGCGUAUGGCUCAAAGAUUUCUCGUGCAUCCCAAAUUGCUUGUGCAGCCGCCCUGGCGUGCUACCUUCUCAAUCGUCCCGUGCGCUUUGUGCUGAGCAUUGAGUCAAACAUGAAGGCCAUCGGGAAGCGCUAUGCCUGCGUCAAUGACUACGAAGUGGAGGUGAAUGGGCAUGGGAAGGUGCAGAAGCUCUUCAAUGAGUUCUGGCAUGACUACGGAUGCAGCCUCAAUGAGGAAGUUGGUGGUCAGGCUGCGGAAUUCUUCAAGAAUGCCUACGUGGAUGAGCAUUGGGAUGUGAAGUAUCAUGCUGUGCAGACGGAAGCCCCGAGUCAUACGUGGUGCCGUUCUCCCGGAACAACAGAGGGUAUUGCAAUGAUUGAGAAUAUAAUGGAGCACAUCUCAAAGGAUCUUGCCCUUGAUCCGGUGGAGGUGAGACUCACCAAUAUGCCAGACGACAGCCCCCUCCGAGGGAUUAUGAAGGACUUUGUCAAGUCUGUUGAGUACUACGAGAGGAAGAAGGAGAUUGAGGCUUUCAAUGCUGAAAAUCGCUGGAAGAAGCGUGGCAUUGCUGUUGUCCCCAUGAAGUAUAUUCUGCACUAUUUUGGAGCUUAUCCAGCCUUCGUGGCCAUCUAUCAUGGUGACGGGACAGUAGCCAUUACCCACGGAGGCAUUGAGAUGGGACAGGGAUUGAAUACAAAAGUAGCUCAAAUUGCUGCCCAUAUCCUUGGGGUGCCCCUUGAGUCUGUGAGAGUUAAGGCAACAAAUAAUGUCACUGGAGCCAAUUCCUUGGUCACCGGUGGUAGUCAAACGUCCGAAGCUGUCGGUUAUGCAGUUAAGAGAGCCUGUGAGACUCUCUUGGAGCGUAUUCGUCCUGUGCGGGAGAAGAUGAAGGAUGCAUCGUGGCAGGAGGUGCUUGGCAAGUGCUUUGGGGAUAGCAUUGAUCUCACAGCGUCGUAUCUGUACAAGAAGGACGAUCUCACGAAUUACGACAUUUGGGGUGUGAGCUGUGCUGAAAUUGAGGUUGAUACCCUCACGGGGAUGUUCCAACUGCGCCGUGUGGAUAUUCUCGAGGAUACAGGGGAGAGUUUGAGCCCCAAUGUGGAUGUGGGGCAGGUGGAAGGGGCUUUUGUGAUGGGCAUUGGGUAUUGGUUGCAUGAGAAGUUGGUUUUCAAUCGACAAAAUGCUGAACUUCUAACCGAUCGAACGUGGACGUACAAACCGCCAGGCGCCAAGGAUAUUCCUGUGGACUUUAGAGUAACAUUCCUGAAGAACGCAUCCAACCCUGUGGGAGUUUUGAGAUCCAAAGCAACGGGAGAACCAGCUCUUUGCAUGUCAAUUGUCGUCCUUUUUGCCCUGCGGAAUGCCCUAGAUGCCGUGAGGAAGGAUGCCGGUGCUGCAGAUGGAAGCUACUACACCAUGGGAGCACCCACAACAUCCGAGGAUAUCCUCCUUCUUGCUGGAAAUUCCGUCGAACAGUUUACACUCUAGACUAGAGAGCGCCUAGAGCGAGACAGCACAGCCUAGAGAGCCAUAUUAUUCCAAGAAAAUACUUUUAUUUCUUUCUCUAAUGAGUUUUUUUUUCAUCGAUUAUGCUUAGAGAGGUGAAUUUCUUGCACAAAUUUAUUUUUUAAAUACAUCUAAGAUUUUUUUUUAUAAGUUUCUCUUUCUGGUUUCUUUUUUUUUUCAAUAAAUAAAAUUACCUUUUCGACAAUAAAAAGUACGAAAGACACA